UGGGACGAAGGGACACCCGGGGAUGCUCACGUUGCAGUUCGGACAGUGCGGGAAUCAACUCGGAUGCGAUCUGUUCUCGAAGGUAUCCCACGAUUUAGGGAGCCCGAACACCGACGUUUCCUACGGCGCGAAUUACGAGUACGCGGAGAGGACGAUCGAGAGAUGGUUCGACGGGAUCGCGGAGCGCGGCCGGCACUGCGCGCGGGCGAUCCUCGUCGACACCGAGGAGAAGGUCGUGAGCGAGAUGUGCAAGGACGCGGCGAGCGCGUCGUGGCUCUAUCGAACAGGUAACGUCGUUUGCCAGUCGGGCGGUGGUUCCGCCAACAACUGGGCCUACGGCUACACGAUAAACAGCCGACGCCUGUCGAACGCCGUGCUGAACGUGACGCGACAGGAGCUCGAGAGGCUGGAUCGGCCCCAGGGAUUCCUUCUGCUUCUCGGUUCAGCUGGUGGCACCGGGUCCGGCUUAGGAAGCCGCAUGGUCGAGCUCCUGCGUGAGGAGUACGAGACCAAGCCUAUCGUCGCGGCGAUCGUACUGCCGUUCACCUUCGGAGAGGUUUGCACUCAGAAUUACAACACCGUACUGACGCUGGCCAAGUUCUCGGACAGAGCGGACCUUUCCGUGUUGUUCGAGAACGAGCAGAUGCACUCUAUGUGUACCAAUCUGUUGAAGAAUUCCAACACCACGUUGCGCGACAUGAAUGGCAUCAUUUCCGAGAAAUUGCUUGCUGUCUUUCAACCUAGCAACAACGCUGGGUGUAACACGAAUUUUUUAAUAUCCAAAAUUGCUGCGCAUCCCAACUUUAGGUUCGCAACGGUCAAGAGCACUCCCCAUACACCUGCAACAUCUCUGCAGUACGAACUCACGCACAAGUGGGAGGUGUAUAUACGUCAUUUGAGGCAGACUCUUCGGGUAUCAAAGUCACAGGCGGAAUUAACGAAUGCUCAAUUAAGGACGCCUGAUCCUACAUUAAGCAGAACAAUAAUGUCUCACACAUAUAGUCCUUGCGUAUCCAAUGUUCUUGUAACACGUGGUAAAUCUAUAGAGAAUGAUGUUCUAGCAUUGGAAGAUUUGCGGGAAAGACAUCUGUACCCAGAGUGGACCUUAAAUUCCUUUACUCAUUUGCAUCAAGAACGUAGGUUUCUGAACCGGGACAAGUUCCUGGCAUUAGUCAGUAAUAAUUCGGAGAUACAUCGACCGUUGGAUGUAUAUCUAGAUAAGGCAUGGGGCUCCUACAAAUGUGCGGCUUUCUUGCAUCAGUAUAAACAAUUUGGUUUGGAGGACGACGAUUUCUUGCGGGCUUUUGCAAAGAGUUCGAUCUCUCUUUCGUCACUCCUACACUUUUAUCGAGUAGUGCGUAGGCGCUUACGUGAGACCUUGAAUGCCACGGUCACGGUUACUACGAGAUGAAGAGGGAUGGACAAGUGGCUGUGACGUCAUUUGAGAAUCGACCAGGUUGCGGCGGCAGGUUGCGGCUACGGACGCGAUGAAAGAAACUUUCCGAGAUAGUAGCGAGAAAGGGACGAGCGGGAGGGGCGGGAAGUCGAUGGACGAAGGACUGUGAUUACCGAGGAAAAAGCGAGAUGAGAAUAAGCCAGAGAGUUAUGCGGCAUGUCGUAUGACGUGCGUCCCGUCGUCGUGACGUGUAUUCCAUUCCUCAACCAUCACACUCCUCCGGAACGCGGCAAUUUCGUCUAUAUAUCGUAUUAGAUAUUCAGGAUAUAGUCAUCUAGAUAUUUAUCUCAUAUAUAUGUAUAUAUACAUGAAAGAUGUAUGAGAUAUCCUCUGCACAGCAUGCGCGCGCCUUUCGGUGAUAAAUGCAGAAUCAGGAGCCCGACCACCCCGUUUCUUGGAAACGAGAAAAACGUUUCUAGGAAUUGCUACUCGUCACCCCGUUACCCUCCUCCGCGCCAACUCGGAAACGAUCCAAAGGAAUGAUGCGACGGGAUCUCGGCGGCGAGUGAGCUGGGAAAGAUUCGUAUCCCGAAAAAUAUUCGCGUGUUUUUGUUCUGCGGGGCGGAUGUGUGUAUUGUUUCUUUAAUCUGGCAAGAUUCACUAUUUAUUAUAUUUAUUAUCGCAUCAAAAUCAGAACGAAAAUCUAGAAAUUUACUGUUGACAUUUCUUUGAUAAUUUCUUUUGAAUAAAACAUUUAUAAUUUUCUAUAA